GAUCCGUGAUCCAGAAUGCUCUGUUUGGUCCUUCUCAGCCAGUUAGCAGUUUCUAUUGCUGCCCCUGUCUCAAAAUGUGACCUCGGCAAAGUGGACAUUUCUGGUGGAAACUACACCGUGGAUGAAAAAACAGACCAGGUGCGCUACACCUGUGCGGAGGGAAAGUACCCCUACCCGGUAUCCAGACGCGAGUGCCUACACAAUGGGCAAUGGACAAUGGCAACUUCAAAGGCUGUCUGCCGAGAUAUUCGGUGCCCCAGUCCUAUGAUGUUCGAGAAUGGAGAAUAUUACCCGAGGAAAGCUGCGUACCACAUCGGCGACGUUCUGUCCUUUGAAUGCUGGGGAGGAUUCGAAAUAAAGGGACCGGAGAACCGGACGUGCCAGGAGAAUGGAAAGUGGAGCGGGAAGACGACGGUGUGCGAAGACUUUGGAGGUCACUGCCCCAACCCCGGAAUCCCUAUCGGCACAACUAAAGUUGGAAGUUCUUACGGAGUUGAAGACAAAGUCAUUUACGAGUGCAAGAACGGGCUCGAGAUGUUCGGAUCGAAAGUGAGAGAAUGCCAGGAGAACAAACGAUGGUCGGGCGCCGAACCUUCAUGCAGAGACUGGUACGUGUUCGACACCCCGGAGGAAGUGGCUGAAAUGUUCUCCUCCACUCUGUCGGCGAGCAUUGAAGUCGCCGACCCGGAUAAGAAAACGACAGGUGACGUCGAUCGCAAAGUGCGCAUAAAACACGGAGACCCGAUGAACAUAUUUAUCAUCCUGGAUGCCUCAAAGAGCGUUGGACCAAAAAACUUUAAUACUGCUAAAGAAAGUAGCAUAACAUUUAUAGAAAAGGUUUCCAGCUAUGACAUAGAACCUCGGUACGCCGUCAUCUCCUACGCCUCGGAGGGCAUCUCCAUUGUGCGUCUCUCGGAAGAGGAAAGCCUGGAUCCUGACGCGGUGUCAGAAAGGCUGGAAGAAUUCCGUUAUUCGAGCCACGAAGAUAAGCGAGGAACGAACACGCGGGCGGCUCUGGCUCUGGUCAAUGAGAUGCUGGUUGCUCAGGAGCUAAAAGACAACCAGAAUUUUCUGAAGAUUCGAAAUGUCAUCCUGCUUAUGACGGACGGAAAAUACAAUAUGGGUGGCGAUCCCCGCGUGGAGAUGAAGAAGAUCCGAGAGCUACUGGACAUCGGAAAAAGAGAGAACCCAAGAGAAGACUAUUUGGAUGUUUAUGUCUUUGGACUGGGCGAUGAUGUCAGCCUGAACGAGAUGAAUGAUAUUGCAUCAAAAAAACCCAACGAGGAGCACACGUUCCUCCUGCAGGACAUAGUCAGCAUGAAGCAAGCCUUCGAAAAAAUGAUAGAUGAAACAGACGCCAUGGACAUGUGCGGACUCAACAAAGCCGAAUCGGAUGAUGAAAAUGAGAAGUUUCCAUGGAUCGCUAAAAUCACGAUUGUUCGCCCUGAUUCACGAGAGGUUUGCAAAGGAUCCAUUCUGUCCGAAUACUUCAUCCUGACGGCGGCUCACUGCUUCCACUUCGACGAAGACGUAGAACAUAUUAAAGUGGAAAUCGGUGGAAGUGGAGACCUGCUGAAAGUAAAAGACUUUUACCGGCACCCCCUUUAUAAGCCAGAAGGGAAGAAAGACAAAAACGUCCCAAAAUCCUUUGACUAUGACGUGGCUCUUCUUGAACUCAAAAAUAAAAUCAGCUAUUCCAGCCGGGUUAGACCCAUCUGUAUUCCCUGCACCAAAAGCUCAGCGUGGGCCUUAAGGAAGAAAGAUCCGGAGACAAAGUGCGUAGACCACGAGAAAUUACUGUUUUCUGAAGAACUGGUCAAAGCUCUGUUCAUUGCACAGGAAGACAAAGACAUGGAGCAGAAGGACGUGAGAAUAAAGAUGGGGAAAAAGAGGGAGGAUUGUCUUGCAGCGUCUACGAAAAUUCCGGAAUUUAAGGAUGUGGCGGAUAUUCGCGAUGCCGUCACCGACCAAUUCCUCUGCACGGGGGGAACGGAGCCGGUUGUGGAUCCCCCAACCUGUAAAGGAGACUCUGGAGGACCCCUGAUGGUUGAAUAUAAGAAUCGAUAUAUUCAGGUGGGAAUAAUUAGCUGGGGCACAGUGAACCACUGUGAUAAAUUUACGAGGCUGAAAACACCGGUUCCAGAGAACUCUCGGGACUUUCACGUCAGUCUUUUCUACGCGUUGCCCUGGAUAAAGGAGAUAGCCAAAGACGAACUCGUCUACCUUCCCGACUGAACCUCCCCGGAUCGCCAAACUGCUUGGGGGCAACGGGGACGACUCGGCCGUCCCAGUCCUACAGACUGAGGGGUAACACAGAAAGAUCUCCCAUCCCCCACACAGUAUUUCUCUACGAUGAAACCCUCGUCACCGGCGGCCGGAUUCCAUUCAGCGUAUAAAUGUUCUCGCAGACUCCUGGAUCUCCUUGUGAGGCUGGAUGACGAGGACUUCUACACCGGCUACCGGGUGACAUUUUCAUUGCCACAAGGUAACUCACCGCAUCUCCACAGCACUAAGAGAUCAAAUGUGAGCUUUUUAAAUCAUUUUAAUGCAAUUUAUUGGAAACAGCGUACAUCAAUAAACUGAAUUAAUUCA